AUGCCUGUGCUUCAAGCUGAAAGUCGAGGGCCUUGCAGUUGGUGUUGCCGCAAGCUGAGGUUCCUUCAAGUCCAUGUCCAAGACAACAACGAUGAGGCGGUGAUGCGCCUCCGCUCGCGGAUGCGCGAGAUCAACCCGGAGAAGCUUUUCCUGCUGAUCCCGCCUCGUCAUGUCAGCGAAUUUCUCAGCUUUGAGGGUACACUAGGCGAAGGCGGCUUUGGAACGGUCUUUAAAGGAAGACCUACUCCCGCUGGUCACAAGCUUGUUCCGGAGCUGCGGCCGAACAAGUAUUAUGCCAUCAAGAUGACUCGAAAGCCCAGCAAGGGUGGCUUUGCUGAGGAAGUCCCUUGA